GGAGAGCGUGGAGAGAAGGGCGAUGAAGGCGCUCCGGGUGAAGCUGGCUUGCCGGGCAAACCCGGGGACAGGGGCCCCCGGGGCAGUCCCGGAGCACAAGGCAGCAAGGGCGACCGUGGGGAGCCGGGGCCGCCUGGACCACCGGGACGAACCGUAGACGGGGGGCUCGGAGGAGCAGGAGAGAAGGGCGAGAAGGGGGACGCCGGGGACCCCGGCGAGGACGGUGCCAAGGGCGCCAGGGGCGAAGCUGGCUCCCCUGGCCUGCCCGGAGAGAGGGGCAUCGAGGGCCCCCGAGGCCCCCCGGGCGCACGGGGUGACCCUGGGGACCGAGGCCUGCCAGGAGAGAAGGGUGAUCGUGGCCCGCCGGGGCUGGAUGGCCGCAAUGGGCUGGAAGGCAAACAGGGGCCACCGGGUCCUGCUGGGCAGAGGGGUGACGUCGGGAAGCAGGGGGACCCCGGCAGGGAUGGGCUGCCCGGGCUGCGUGGGGAGCAGGGCCUGCCGGGCCCCAUCGGCCCCCCGGGCCCCCCGGGCCUCCCCGGCAAAGCCGGCGACGACGGCAAACCCGGCCUCAACGGCAAGAAUGGGGAAGACGGCACGCCGGGAGAAGAUGGGAGGAAGGGAGAAAAAGGUGAUGCUGGAGCCCCUGGCAGAGAUGGAGAAAAAGGUGAUGCUGGAGCCCCUGGCAGAGAUGGCCGCAGCGGCACCAAGGGCGAGCAGGGGGACAGCGGCGCGCCAGGCCCCCCCGGCGCCCCCGGGCUCCCUGGCGUCCCCGGGCAGCUUGGACCCCCCGGCCAGUGUGAGGAGGUCCCCGUGCAGGGGGGAGCCUCUCCCCACGCGGGUCCCUCUCCGCGCUGGGCCCUCACCUGGGUGCUGGGCAGCCCGGCCCUGCGGCCCCUCAUGCCCGUGCUGUGUUGCAGGGGGACCCAGGGGAGCCCGGAUCCAGAGGGGAGCCGGGUCGACCUGGCAAUCCUGGAGCACGCGGUGAGCCUGGCGCAGGAGUGGUAA